UGGUGAAAUCCUCUCUGUAAGGAGGCUAUUGAAGCGCAGUUGACCCUCCCUGCCAGCAGGGAGCGGAAGCGAAGCGACGGUUUCCGCCAGGUCUCGGCGCCAACUUUAACCCCGGAAACGCUUCUCUCUUUCUUUCUACUUCCAUCCCGAGAAGCUAAACACUGAGGCAGACGCCAUGGCGCCACGCAAAGGUAAAGAGAAGAAGGAGGAGCAGGUGAUCAGUUUGGGGCCUCAAGUGGCCGAAGGCGAGAACGUUUUUGGCGUUUGCCACAUCUUUGCCUCCUUCAACGACACCUUCGUGCACGUCACCGACCUCUCCGGGAAGGAGACCAUCUGCCGCGUGACGGGCGGCAUGAAGGUGAAGGCGGACAGGGACGAGUCUUCCCCCUACGCCGCCAUGUUGGCGGCGCAGGACGUGGCGCAGCGCUGCAAGGAGCUGGGCAUCACCGCGCUGCACAUCAAGCUCAGGGCCACCGGGGGGAACCGCACCAAGACGCCAGGACCGGGAGCCCAGUCGGCCCUACGAGCCCUUGCCAGAUCCGGCAUGAAGAUCGGACGCAUCGAGGACGUGACGCCCAUCCCGUCGGACUCCACGCGCAGAAAGGGAGGCCGUCGCGGACGCAGGCUGUAAAAGUGGAUCUAGACCGCAAUAAAGUUGUUCGAAAAGGAA